AUUUAUGAUUGCGAUCAGACGAAUUCAUGAACUUCAAAGUAGAAACCAUAAUUGAUUACUGGAUGCGUUCACAUUCUAUGCUAAUUAACAUUCUGACGCCGAACGAAUCGACUGUCACAAACAAGCACGCUAAGAUUCGAAUCUUGCUCGUUUUUUCCACGAACAGAAUCGAACGGAAAUAUCGUGAAAACAAUAAACACACGUACCUGUAUCAGCUUAUUUGCUGUUCCCCGUUGAACUUCCGGGCAGUCCGUUUAAUACAAUCCGAGAUUUGCAAUCCAAAUUAACAAGGUAUGGUAAUGUCCAUGCUCCAUCGAUGCACUUUGCACAAAUUGGAAACGGAACAAUAGGCGCGAACAACAAACGAUAGAACACAAUGCACAAAAAAUACAUGCUCGACAUAAGAAACUCUUUCACGACUAAUGUAACGCGUCACUUUUCCGAAACCGAUUCCGUUUACUUUUCAAACUGCGCGACGACCCACUCGUUAAUCCGAACAAAAACGGUCUAGUCCUCACGGCGUCGAUAAGGUCACUGCUACGGUUUUGUUUAUAUAGAUUGUCCUUCUUAUUUGCGAUUCGUUGAGAGGGCGCCCCGCGGAUUUUCAUUCGAAUAUGCUUUUGUGAACACGUGAUGGAUUAUCUUUGUUUGACACACUUCAUGUAAUGACGCUAUGUAUUAUUUUCUACCGAAAUAUGAGUUCGUGUGAUUCGUAUAGUUUUCAGUCUCAGAGUGAGACAUCAUUAUUUACAGAAAGUGACAAUGUCAAUGAAAAUAAGAAUGAAGUCCCAAAAAAUGAAUUCGGUAACUUUCAAGAAACCUACAAUUGGAUCGAAUGCGAAUCCGUAAGGUUCCCGGGACAAACGUAUUUUUUUAACUUACGAACACAGAGCAGCACGUGGCUUCGACCGGUAUCGAAAGACGUGCGACUUCGACGCUUCAAUCGGAAAUCUAAAAUCUACGAUAACUAUUCAACAUCCGACGUAGAGAUUCCUUCAUUAUUGUCAUCAGAAAGUGAAAAAGAAAACUGCGAGCAUAUCGAUAAUGAACAAAAUGGACGAACUAAUAAAAAUUCGGAAAUCCUGGCACUAUUGUAUUAUGGCACGAGUAUGGACUUUUGCAAUAACAAUGAAAGUCAAUACUGUAUUAAUUAUUUUAAUUAUGCUGUUAAAAAUUUGUGUAACAAAGGUUCUGAUUUUCACGAUUCAUCUUUUCGUAAAAAUAUAGAAGACGAAACAGGUUGUGAUAAAAGCGUAGACGAGAACUUAGCAAUCAUCGCGUCAAAUUUUCUAGAAGUUGAAUUAUCCACGUCAGACGCUGAAUUAAAUUUAAAAGAAAAUAUUGUACCAGCCAACGAAGACGACACAUCCGCUACAGAAAAAACUGUCGAUUAUUCAACUUCUAGUACUGACGACGAGAAAAAAGAAAACGACGUAUGUCAAGAUUAUAUUAGGCCUCGUUUAAAACGAAUUAGAGCUCAGUAUUUAUUGAAAGAAAAACUGAAAAACGGGAAAAGAAGAAAGGUAAAGACGAAACGAAUACCGUUACAAGAGAAGAAGUUACAAGAAAUUAAAAUUGUUCGUGAAAUGUACGGUACGACCACUGUUAGUUACGAUCCAGUCGAGCCGGAACUUCCACCUGGUGUCAAAAGAAGAAAUCUUAGCGACAGCAGUACAACUUCGUCAUCGGGCGACGAAGGAUACGGCAAAACUGUUGUUUCAAAUAAUACCGAAUUUUUGGACAUCAACUUCCAUGUUGCAAAUCUGUCUAGCAAAUCAAGCUCGAGCAGUUGUUCCAAUUCCAGUUUCAGUUCCUCUUGCAGUUGUAGCUGCAGUUCCUGUUCAUCAUCCACUUCAAAUACGACUACUAACACGCUUCGUGCUAAUGCACUUACAACUGAACAGAGUACACAAUAAAUGUGUACUGUACAUUUUACGAUACUUUAACAUUUAUUAAUCGAAAUGUUGUAAGACCAAAGAACGCCGGCAGAUGGCAACAGUGCAUGGUACGAAGAAACGUACAUGUGCGAAGCUGUAGCUGAAAAAUAUUAUUUAUUUACUUAUCUAUUUAAUUUGGGAUGUUAAGUUUCUACGGAUUAUUUAAAUGAAGAAAAUAAAGAUUAUUUAUAUUGGAAUUCAUUCGACUAUUUAGUUACUCAAUUAUAAAUAAAAUCAUGUCCAAAGGUUUAAGUUCACAUAUUUAAAAGUUUACUUAUCCCUUGUUUAUUUAUGGCAUUGAUUAAAUAGUCUUGUUUAUAAAAUCUAUUCCAAAUGUUAUAAAGUUACAUGAUUUCAGGGGGCAAAUUGUCUGAUGAAGGUGAUGAAGGUAGAUGAAAAAUAAAGAUCAAGUUCCUUUUAUUAAACGGAAUCAUAUAUUUCUUAAUGCAUCAUUUCAUGCAGCUCAUUAUUCUGUGCAGGAAAGUGUUAAGUCACUUAUGACAAAAAAUCAUUAUGAUGCUUAAACGAAGAUCUUGAUCAUUCUUGUACUUUAAGAAAACAACUUGAAGAACAGGCUUCUAUUUCUGUUUUUCGAUUUCUUGACGGCAGCGAUGCCGGCAAAAAUCACGGCCGGUUUCUAGCUUGGCAUAUGGCAGACGUUACCUCGGCACAGCCGGUGCAGCGUACCGCGACUAUUAUCCGCGGUCGUCGUUGACGAAUCACUGUGCUCAAAGCGUAACUGUCAAAGGAUAAUGCCGGAACUACGAUAAAGAACCGUCGUCCCUUUACGUCGAAGACUUUCAGCCGUUCCUGUCCAUGCAUUUGCGUUUUCAUUCGUUACUAAAAGUACGUGCGGAAUCAAGGAUGUGGAACGAAGAGAGGAAGAAUGUACAUACAUAUGUGUAUUGAUAAAGCAUUAGAACAUAGCAAACUGUAAAAUAUAAUUUCAACGUAACUGAAUGAAGAUAUACGAUAUCUAUGGACACCAGUAUCUUUACACUCUUUGCCUUUAGAUAUUAAAGAAGCUUAUUUUGGUGUUACUUUUGCUAAUGACGUCCACUACAGCUAACUUUUAUUUUAGUGCAAAUAAAUUUCUUAAGGGAAACAAUAAGUUCAAGAAAAGCAAAGUCGUGGAAACGAGAUUAUUUUCGAAGAUUUUACAUCCUUGUUAUUGACGACGUAAUUUUAGCACGUAACGACUUAAGGGGUCCACGGCAUGGCUACAUAGAUAAAGAUCGACGCGUUAGCCGUGAACUUUGCACCGUGAGAACAGUUUUCUUAGCUUAACAAGUCGCACCGAAGUUCCCGCGCUUCCAGACAAUGAAUCCUUCCACGCGGUGAACAACUGUAGUCAUUACCGAGAUUCAUAAUGGAGUGAGAAGGGAAAUCAGACAGUUUCAUGAUCUCUCAUUGUACUUUCUAUGGGCUUUGGAUUUGAACAACACAAAAACAAUAAAACGUGGAAGAGAAAUAAGAAAAUUAUUUAUAUAUAUAGAAUAAUAUUUUAAUUUGCUAAAAGCGAAAAAGCGUCAAGAAACAUUAGAGCCAUCUAGCGGUG